AUACACAAAUCCCAAAAACCCUUCGUCCCCACACCGCCGCUUCCCGCGCGAAGUGGAAAAAUGGUGCUGCCUGAGGAGGAGGUGAGGCGGUUGUUCAAAGCCAUGAAAACGGUGCUGCAAAUGCUGAGGGACAGGGGUUAUGUGGUGACUGAUGAUGAGAUUGCGAUGACCAAGGAAGGAUUCACUGCCAAGUAUGGUGACAAUAUGAAGAGAGAGGACCUUAUGCUUGUCAAAGACAAGCGUGACAGUGGAGAACAGAUAUAUGUGUUCUUUCCUGAAGAUGCCAAGGUUGGAGCUACGACAAUAAGGACUUUGAUCAGUCGAAUGCACGAUGACAAUGUUACUCGGGCCAUCCUAGUUUCACAGCAGGCGUUGACUCCUUUUGCUAAUAAAAUGAUAAAGGAAGUAGCCAAGAAAUUUCAGGUGGAAGUUUUCCAGGAGGCUGAGUUGCUAGUCAACAUCCACCAUCACGAGCUUGUUCCCCCGCAUCAAGUCCUCACGGCUGAAGAAAAGACAGCUCUGCUUGCAAGAUACACUGUCAAAGAAACUCAGCUCCCUCGUAUUCAGGUAACUGACCCUGUCGCCAGAUAUCACGGGCUGAAAAGUGGGGAUGUCGUGAAGAUCAUCCGCCCUAGUGAAACUGCCGGAAGAUACAUCACUUACAGAUACGCAUUUUGAACAUUCUAGAACCUUUUGUCUCGUAGCUUUGUAUAAACAUAGAAGUAGAAGAGAGUUUCGUAGGGACUUGCUCGGGUUCAUGACUUCAUUCUUAGUAGUGUUUAUAUAGUUGAAGAACUUAUCAUUCUAGAUCUGAGAAUGCCACCUUGAGUCUUAUCAAUGGUUUUAGGUUUGAUUUUAUUGGAUGGGCUAUACACAAAAAUAGUUUUUAUUUUC